CCGCACUCGCCGCGGACGCCGAGGGGAGCGGGUGCUCAGCGGCCGCGGGGAGCGGAGCCCGAGGGGAGCGCUGCCGCAGCCCCAGCGCCAUUGCCGCCCUCAGCCCGCCAUGGCAGGAGCCAUUGAUGCCAACGACACCCUGAUGUCCCAGCUGGAUUACUGAGAACUCUGGUGAUUCCUGGAGGUGCUGCUGUUCACAUAAGGAAUUGUCCUCAGUCUCUCAUCCCAGCAGCAUCCGUGUGGGUGCUGAAUGCAAGUCCUGGACAUUCUGGAAACGAUGGGGAUUGGCAAAAACACCACCUCGAAGUCGGUGGAGGCGGGAGGGUCCACAGAGGGCAAAUACGAGGAUGAAUCCAAACAUCCCACCUUCUUCACCCUGCCUGUUGUGAUAAACGGUGGAGCAACGUCCAGCGGUGACCAGGAUACAGAAGACACGGAGUUGAUGGCCAUCUAUACCACAGAAAAUGGCAUAGCAGAGAAGAGCUCCCUGGCAGAGACCCUGGACAGCAGCGGCAGUUUGGACGCCCAGAGGACUGACAUGAUUUACACCAUUGAGGAUGUUCCCCCCUGGUACCUCUGCAUAUUUUUGGGGUUACAGCACUACCUGACGUGCUUCAGCGGGACGAUCGCCGUGCCCUUCCUGCUGGCCGAUGCCAUGUGUGUGGGCUUUGACCAGUGGGCCACCAGCCAGUUGAUUGGGACCAUUUUCUUCUGUGUGGGCAUCACCACGUUGUUACAAACAACCUUUGGCUGCAGGUUACCCCUGUUCCAAGCCAGUGCUUUUGCAUUCUUAGCACCUGCCAGAGCAAUACUCUCUCUGGAGAAGUGGAAAUGUAAUAACACAGAUAUAACAGGUACAAACGGGACAGCAGAGCUGCUGCACACUGAGCACAUCUGGUAUCCCCGGAUCCGAGAGAUCCAAGGUGCCAUCAUCAUGUCCUCCCUGAUCGAGGUGGUGAUCGGACUGCUCGGCCUGCCCGGGGCCCUCCUGCGCUACAUCGGCCCCCUGACCAUCACCCCCACCGUGGCCCUCAUCGGCCUCUCCGGCUUCCAGGCUGCUGGGGAGAGAGCUGGCAAGCACUGGGGCAUUGCCAUGCUGACUAUUUUCCUAGUGUUGUUGUUCUCUCAGUAUGCCAGAAAUGUCAAAUUCCCCUUACCCAUUUACAAAUCCAAGAAAGGAUGGACAGCAUACAGGCUGCAGCUUUUCAAGAUGUUCCCUAUUAUUUUGGCAAUUCUGGUCUCGUGGCUGCUGUGCUUCAUCUUCACGGUGACAGACGUGUUUCCCCCGGACAGCUCCAAGUACGGCUUCUACGCGCGCACGGACGCUCGCCGGGGGGUGCUGCUGGUGGCCCCCUGGUUCAAGGUCCCCUAUCCCUUUCAGUGGGGGCUGCCCACCAUCUCUGCUGCCGGGGUGAUCGGGAUGCUCAGCGCCGUCGUCGCCAGCAUCAUCGAGUCCAUCGGGGACUACUACGCCUGUGCCCGGCUGUCCUGUGCUCCUCCUCCACCCAUCCAUGCAAUAAACAGGGGGAUUUUUAUCGAGGGUCUCUCCUGUGUUCUGGAUGGGGUAUUUGGGACAGGGAAUGGAUCCACCUCUUCCAGCCCUAACAUUGGUGUCUUGGGCAUCACAAAGGUUGGGAGUCGCAGGGUGAUCCAGUAUGGAGCUGCCUUCAUGCUGCUCCUUGGGAUGGUUGGGAAGUUCAGUGCCCUCUUUGCAUCCCUGCCCGACCCCGUGCUGGGGGCUCUCUUCUGCACCCUCUUUGGGAUGAUUACAGCUGUGGGUCUGUCGAACCUCCAGUUCAUUGAUUUAAACUCCUCUCGGAAUCUGUUUGUCCUUGGAUUUUCCAUUUUCUUCGGGCUUGUCCUCCCAAGUUAUCUCAAACAGAACCCCCUGGUCACAGGAAUAGCAGGGAUUGAUCAGGUGCUGAACGUCCUGCUCACCACAGCCAUGUUCGUCGGGGGCUGCGUCGCCUUCAUCCUGGACAACACCAUCCCAGGAAGCCCUGAAGAAAGGGGAAUACGGAAAUGGAAGAAAGGGAUCGGGAAAGGAAGCAAAUCCCUGGAUGGCAUGGAAACGUAUGAUUUGCCUUUUGGCAUGAACUUCAUUAAAAAAUACAGGUGUUUCAGCUUCCUGCCCAUCAGCCCCACCUUCAUGGGAUACACGUGGAAAGGCUUCAGGAAAAGCAGUAACUGCAGGAGUUCAGAUGAAGACUCAGAAGCUACAGUAUAGCCUUAGCUGAAAUUAUAUUAUCUAGUUGUAGUAAAAGAUGUAUUUGCAGUUUCUUGCUGAUUAAGAAGCAUUAAAAUAUAUGUUUUGUAUAUCUGCAUUUAAAUUCUGGAACCAGAGCUGAGACGGAUUUAAAAAAAAUGAAAAAAAAAAAGAAGAAGAAUUAAAAACAAAAG